UUUCCGCCUUCUAAAAAAUUUGAAAUGGAGAAUCUUAACUGAAGCACAGUCGUAUUUUGAACAUUCAACCGCCAUGAUGUCUUAAAUGAUAUUAUAUAAGUGCAUAAUCGCUUUUUUUGACCAAACGAGUUUUGAAAUCUUUGAUCGAGAUUAAUAUCGACCAAUUUUAUCGUCGUUUGUCGAUCUAUAUUAUUAUCAAUAAUUUCCAUCUAUUUUUUUUAUCUAAUCGAAAAAAGUUUUACAUAUAGUUUUACAUUUUACAUCUUUUUUGAAAGAGGCAAGUAAUUUUUGCGGUAAAGGAAGGGUAUAAUAAAUUUCCGGCAGUUUCGUCAACGUAAAUGACCAAUGUGUUGACGUGGUGUCUAUAAAAAUCAUAUUAACCGAAUAUAAUCGAGCGUAACUGGAGUUAAUCGAAGCUUAUAAAGUACCCCUUCCCCAAAAAUAUCAAACCACACUCCCCGCCUUUGACACAAUUGUUAGCUAUUGUGUUGUCUAUAUAUUCAAAUGCCAAUUGAAAUGAUUGAGUGUGCAUUAGUCAGUAAUUGUUGUUCAGUUAAGAUUCUCGUGAAGGAGAAUCCAGUAAAAAUAUCUGCAAGAGAAAAAAGUUAUCAUGUUCGGAACGUUAAAAAUAUUAUGUAUUUUAUUAAAAGUGUUAAUGCUAACGAGAACGGCCUUCGCGGUAUCUUUAGAGACUGAAGAUAUUCAUAUAGUACAGAAUACACCAUCUUUCGAGUUCUACACAAUUAAUAAUUACCUGUUACGAGUCCAGAAGUUAUAUAUGCAGGAAUAUUUUAACAACAUAACUGAAAAAAAUGUAGUUGGAUACUGUUUUUCCUGUGAGGAAGAUAGCACAAAAAGCGAUCUAAGCAAAUCAGCACAUCCAAUUCGGACAUUCGUGGAAUUCGAUAACAAUCUAAUAAAAAAAACGUUUCUGUGAC